AUGGAGCGUGCACGUGAUCAACACCGACAAUGGCGAGAGUUAAUGAGCCCUUCCGAACGCGAUGCCUAUUUGGAAAGACGCCGCGCAAUAGCUCGAGGAAAACGACCAAGGGUGGAAAAUGAACCCUCAGAACCAACAGAACAGAAUUCAGAUGAAAUUAACAAUGAGGGCACAAAUUCAAGAAUUGCUUCAAUUACAAACGAGCAACAACAAGACUAUGCUCGAGCUAGAUUGACACACAUCAGACAGCUAGCCCGUUCGACUGCAUCACGUGCAAGUGAUGCAGAUGUCCGGCGUUAUGCUCUCUAUGAAGAAUCAAACAAUGAAGGCAUAAGUUCAAGAAAUACAUCAAGCUCCAACAACCAACAACAAGUCCUUUCACGAGUUCGAUUAACUCACAUAAGGCAGCUAGCCCGUUCAGAUAGGUCACAUGCAAAUGAUGGGGUUGCCCCGUAUUCUACUCGCUACGAGUUACCUAAUUCUACCAUGAAUAAUCACGAGGAGAAUACGAACAAUGUGGCAAUGAAUAAUGAUGAUGGACAUACCAACCACACUGAAACUAUGAAUAUCAAUGAAGAUCAAUGUACUGCCAGUGAGCGUGGAAAUGGUCAUCAGGCACGACACAACAAUGUUCAUCGAGGAAAUAUUGAUUUACCUCUAAUAGAGUCUCCCCCUGAAAUGGUCCGACUAUUUUCUGACCAAACCGAUGAGAUUAAAAAAUUCAGACAAAAUAUUAGAGCUUACAACAACGUGUUUGCAUUCACUUCAAUGGGUGUACAUCUUGAUGAAAGAAUUAAUGUCCAAGGUCGUGCACCUUAUACCUUCCGUGCUCAAGGUUCUAUAUAUCAUAAAAUCGGUGGUCUAGUACCGACUGAUGGGAGAAGACCACGUUAUCUACAAGCUUAUAUAUACGACACCGAGCAUGAGCUUCAGAAUCGAUUGUCUGAAAGUGAAGUUUUAGAGAGGGGUAUAGUGGAAAAAAUUCAACAGAUACUUAAUCAACACAAUCCCUUUGUUCAAACAUUUCAAAGUCUGGAACAACGUCAAGAUUUGCCUAAUUGCAGGCUAAUCAUAAGAGAACAACCUUCUGAUCGUCGCCAAUACAAUUUACCAACUGCAUCACAAGUUGCGGCUGUUAUAGUAGGAGGUGAUGACAUCAAUCUAAAUGGAAGAGAUUUCAUUAUACAAACAAUAAGCGGACGACUUCAGACUGUCAAAGACUCGGUUGGAUAUUAUGAUCCAAUGCAGUAUCCAUUAUUAUUGCCUUAUGGAACAUAUGGAUGGGACAUCAAUAGUCGUGGAAAUAACGGAAAGGAAAUGACAUGUUGCGACUACUACGCAUAUAUGUUACAGAUGCGUCAAGGUCAAGAAAAUCCUCUACAUCGAGGAGGGCGUCUCUUACAACAGUAUGUUGUAGAUAAUUAUGUAAAAAUUGAAUCACAAAAGCUCAGAUGGUUUCGUAAUAAUCAAGACAAAUUUCGGACAGAUGUUCGUCAGGGGCUUGAAGACUCUCUACAUGCAGCAGAAAACAAUGCAGAACCAAAUGACAAGCUUAACAACCCUGAUGAAUAUGAUCGCAUUGUUAGAGCUGAAAUACCAGAUCAGAAUGAAGAGCCUCGACUAUAUGAUGCAGUGUGUACACAUAUGAUUCAUGGCCCAUGUGGACCUCUCAAUCCAAGACAAUCAUGUAUGAAAAAAGGCACUUGCAGUAAGGGUUACCCAAAACCAUUUGCGAAUUUCACAGUGCAAGGCGAAGAUGCAUAUCCUAUGUAUCGAAGACGACAAAAUCGUUUACCGAUAUCUUUGCGUGGUCGAGGAAAUAUGACUGUGGAUAACCGAUGGGUAGUUCCCUACAACCCAUGGUUGUUAUUACGGUAUAAUUGUCACAUCAAUGUCGAAGUAUGUGGUAGCAUAAAGAGUGUUAAGUACUUAUACAAGUAUAUCUACAAAGGUCCUGACAGAGUGUCACUUGAGCUGCAGUCGAACCCAGAGUUCGAUGAAAUUAGACAAUUUGUUAAUGCAAGGUGGGUAUGUGCACCUGAAGCUUUAUGGAAAAUAUUCAAAUUUGCAUUGAACAAAGUAUAUCCAACAGUGGAGCGAUUACAAAUACAUCUUCCCAAUAUGCAACAAGUAACAUUCAAUGUAGAACGAACUGUUGAGGAUAUUCUGGAAGAUGACCGUCCAAAAAUGUCAAUGCUUACCGAGUUCUUCACAUUAAAUCAAAGUGAUGAUGAUGCAAAGGCAUAUUUGUAUCGAGAAAUUCCAGAACAUUACAAGUGGGAAAAAAAUAAAAAAGAAUGGGUUAAAAGAAUACGAAAUUGGAAGGUUCUUGGACGCAUAUACAGCAUGUCACCAUCUGAAAGUGAGAAAUUUUACUUACGUGUUCUUUUGAGUCAUGUAAGAGGUCCAGAAUCAUUUUUGGACUUGCUUACUGUUAAUGGUGCUUUACAACCAACAUUCAAGCAGGCAGCAGAGAACCGAGGUUUGCUUGAAAAUGACAAUAGUAUUCGAAUGUGUCUAGCGGAGGCAUCUGCAAUAAGGAUGCCAUUAGCUUUGAGGAGAUUAUUUGUGACAAUUUUGGUGUAUGGGGUGCCAGCUGGUGUUCGAGCAUUGUGGGAUGAAUUUGCGCAUUUUAUGAUGGAAGAUUAUACUUCAUCUAAUGAUGUAGCAAACAGAAACAGGCUCUUACGAGACCUAAAUAGAAUACUUCAACAGUUUGGCAAGAACAUUAGAGACUAUGACCUCCCUCAAUUGACCGGUGAGCUAGAAGAUAAUAUAGGAAUGCCGAGAUAUAUUGAAGAUGAACUUUUUAUCGAUGUCCCUCAAGAAGAUAUUGAUGCAAUUGAUCGUCUUAACAAUGACCAAACGGUUGCCUUCAACACCAUAAUGUCUGCUGUGAAUGGAAAAAAAAGUGCUUUGUUUUUUGUCGAUGGUCCAGGAGGAACUGAGAAAACAUAUCUAUAUCGUGCGCUGUUAGCAAAUUUAAGAAGAAUGAAUCAUAUAGUCUUAGCAACAGCAUCAUCUGGAAUAGCGGCAAACAUAUUGCCCGGCGGAAGGACAGCUCACUCUAGAUUCAAGAUUCCCCUGAAAGUACUACCUUCAUCCAUGUGUUCCAUAGGUAAACAGUCUUCACUGGCGCAAUUGGUACGAGAUUCCACUGCAGUUAUAUAG